AGAACCUGCAGGGUUCUGACGCGGGUAACACCCUUGAGAAGGUCUAGAACUUAUGUUGUGUGUGCCGAUUUGUGAAGGUUCAAGUCGUAAAACGCCCCCGCACGAAGAUUUUUCGAGGAUCGCAAGUCAUCAGCUUGGUCCGCGCACUCUCCCAGGCCCCUUUGCCAGCGAUGCCCCAACCAUCGGGCGUGCACUUAGCCUGCACCGCUUUAUGCUGCUGCCUGGUGCUGACCUCAGUGGGUAGCACCGCCCCGCAGCAGAGUUCGCUGGGUAGGCUCCGCCCAUUGGACAUGUCAGCUGAUCCGGAAACUGUCGCCUACCUAUUGCCACGCCUCGCUGACAAGUACCGCCCGAGUAGGGAGUGGAGCGGUGUCACUGACCCCAGGUUUUACCUGCUGACUGAGUAUGACGACCCGGCGGCCGAGACUAAUGGAAUUGCGGAUGAGGAUGCCGGACAGGACUCAAACUCAAUAGAAGUGACUUCACUGACCUCAAAACGUACAGGUGCGGCAGCAGGAGGAAAUGCAGCCGCAACAGCAGGCGCAGGUCCAGCAACAGACUUGGCUGGAGGCUCAUUGUCGAUCGUCAACUCUCUGGACGUGCUACGUAACAGACUACUGUUGGAGAUAGCCCGCAAGAAGGCGAAAGAAGGCGCUCAUAGGAACAGGAACAUGCUUAUGAAUUUGGGGAAGCGAUGGCCAAUGCAGACUGCACGAGAUAGAGUCAUGACAAGGUAUGGUUAAACUGUACAUACAUCAAGUGGCACACCACGCGGUGAUCAGCUUCGUGUACCCCAACUCUCCAACAUCAGUUCUUCGAUUAAAAAAAACAAAAAUUGUUACACUUUAGUGUGAUUUAUGUAUCUAGGCUGUAAGCAAAAUUAAUGUGAAAUUAUAUUCUCUCCCACACUGAAAUCUGUUUUUCUGACAAUGUUUUCAAUGAUCAUAUGUAUUUACCAGUGGCGACGCGUGACAUUUCCUAAACUGUUACCAAAAUCAGAUUUGAAUAAUUUUAUUCAAAAAAGUUUAUUUUGGAACUCCCAUAUAUAAUUUUUUGCUUAUUUUAGGUAUUUUAUUUAAACUAUUUUCCAAUUAAGGUAAAAACAUUCCUGGACUGAGCGUCUGGGGCACUUGAUAUAUCUCAUCGUCUUACGCUAUGACUAAUCCAAGCCGUCCGAAAAAAGAGUCGUCGUUUCUAGAUGUUCGGAAAAUUUUUGAUCUUUUUUGGCAAUGAAUGUUAACAAUUCCCUGUAAUUUCCUCUAUUGUCAGAGUCCCCCCUUCAAAAUGAACGGUAAUUCCUGUUUUGCCAAAAAACAUACGGUAUCUAGAAGUGUGCUGCCUAAACGCUUGUUUAAGACGACUUUCGAUUCUUGUUUUGCCAAACUGAAUUAAAUUGGCUACACAUCUCACAUGUUACGGAGAAAUUUCAUGUCUCCUCUUUAGAGCCCUAAAACUAUUUAAAUCGUUGACUCCGCCAACAAUACAAUCUGUUUUGUUGCAACCACAUAACCAAGAGUUUCCAUAUACCAACUUAAUUUAAAAUAUCAAAGUACGUUUUUUAUUCCUUUUUAAAAUUAUCUAAAGUAGGUGUUGGUCUUCCAUUUUCAAUGAUAUCCUUUUUUUUCUUAAAAAUUAUACAAGGAGAAUGACUUUUCAAGUAGUUGAUCGAUUACGCAGCGUCACUCAUCCAUGUUUAACUGCACGCACACUACAGUCGGUAACCGAAACGACUACUAACGAGUGAGAAGUAAUUAACCAAAUCAAAAAUAGGGUAACAAGCCCACGUAAUAGUCGCAGCGCCCCACGCACUCGGGCGACCGCGAUCAGACACGAGCCGGUACCGACGGUCCCCGACGGACUAUCCAUAAAUGAAAAUGGUAACAACCGACAACCAAGUCGAGGCUAAUUUGCUAUUUACUGAAUUACUAUUACAUAUCGUUGUUGGUAAACAAAUAAAUGAAAUUAUUUCACAGUACUGAGUCAUAAAAUAUUUAUUUUCAAGAUUUUUAACUGUUACCAAUGGUAACAACGAUUUCAUGGACGCUUCGCCACUGGUAUUUACACAUGAAUUCUGAAAAUGGUUGAAGAUCUUUGGAACGUUUCGAUUUCAUAAAAAUUCCUUACCACAUCUAGCAACGAGUAAGUUACCGCUAUCAAGCAUGAUUGAACAAAAAUAAUGCAGAAUCCUUGCUCCAUUUUUUGUAUUGUUUAUGAGCUCUGAAGAUGGCGUUAUCAACGAAAUGAAUUUUCUACGACAACUCACAUACUUUUCUAUUUCAGAUCUUUUUUCAACAACAAAAAAAUCAGUCAUAUAUGUAUAAAACAUUUCAAGCAGAAUUACGGUCACGCUAUUAUCAAAACUGAAACGUAAUGAUUUCCUUGCUAACAUUUAAAGAUUGGAAAGGAGCAAAUAAAAAAAGCGAAAUUUGGAAGCGUGGUCAGUUCGAAGUGGAAUAAACGAUAUGGAUGUUUCUCACAAUUAUCUUAAAAAAAACAAAAUCUCAAACUCCGCAGAAAUCCAUCUAUCAGUAUUGUUAUAAUAGUACCAAACUGAGUAGUCGUAGAAAACAUAAAUGUAUAAGUACAAAAUGUACUAUGUAAGAAUCUUUAUUUUUCUGCGUCCACAGCUAGAGUAUAAAAUAAUUAUUUUAAUACUUAUUCGUAUGAAUGUAUAUAUGACUAACAUACUAUAAGUCAUUUCAACAAUAACAAGUCAAGGACAUGUUUUGAGGCCACAUUAAAAAAACUGAAAUAAUUCCCCUCUAAAAGCUUACCGCUGCUAGCAACCUAACACUAAAAGUAAUAAGUAAUUCUUACAGAGACGAUCAUUUUAAAUUAUUACCUCCAUUUUUAAAUAUUUUGAGAGUAUACACAGCAUAUUUUUCUUGCGUUCACUUUACUCAAUCCCAAGUAAACCUCCAGCCAUUAGAAACUCCAACAAAGCAAUUUGCGAAUUAAGUCAUCUGCGGAUGAUUUACGGUUCAUUGUUUAGUUCAAAGAUUGAUGGCUCAAUGUUCCAUUACCAGUAAUAUACCAAAAAGUUGAAAUGACUUAUUAUUUUCAAUGUUUACUACGGUAUACGAAAGAUUACAUCAUGACCACUGUAUGUAACCUAUAGAAUCAGGAUGUAGCUAACGAUUUACAUGUAAUCCACUAAAAUCAAAACUCCGCUUUUCAUACGAAUUAUGUAGAUGAACAUCGAUUUUUAAUCGGAAUUAAAAUGACUAAAUGGAAUAAUUCAUCCUUUAUUUAACUGUCUCCCAACAACAUUCAUCAGUAUAUUCCUCCUACUUUUAAUUUUUCGAAUCUUUUGAUUCAUUUAAAGUGACAUUAUAUAUGGUUGCCUGGUUAUCCUUAAUAUCCACUCAAAAAUCACAAAAUUAUAUUCAACGUGAAAAGUCGGCAUUCUAGGUCUAUUGAAUAUUAGUAAGUCUCGUAUUUGAUUCCAACAGUUUAAGUAUUACUUAUUUUAUCUGAAUCUCUAUUAUUUCGUUAAAUGAAGUAACGUAUACCCUAAAUGUCAAAUUUUGUUUCAGCAGCAAAUGAGUCAAAAGCUAUUUGCUAUUAAUUGAUGCGGAUAUUGUUGAAGGCUACGAACAUACCUAUUACAUUAUGAAUUAUAAAAAUUCGAGGGUUAGUGACAUUUAUGGAAAAGAUGUACAAAUUACUAUAAUAACAAGUAAUAAAACUAUUGCAGUC